AUGACUGAACCAGAAGUUGCCCCAUACGGAGGGUUCAUAGUAAAGACUUUAGAAGACGAGAAGGCAAAUGAAGCCAAUCUUGAAGAGCUUGCCAUAGAAGUGGGAUAUAAUGGCAGUACUCAAAAGUUAAGACCAGAGGCAUUGAGAUUGAAUGGGGUGGACAAUCUAUCCACCGAAGAAAUCAAGUCAUAUGUUGAUUACUAUCUCAACUACACAACAUCACAUAACGAAGAGCUUGAUACAAUAGAAUACAACCAGAUCCCCUUUGAGGAACAAGUGACAUUUCGUGUUGAGUGGAUUGACGAUUCCAACGUUAAUAUAGUUUUUAAAACAAAUCAUGAUAAGUUAAGAGCACUUAGACAAUUGUGCGGUGAUCCGAUAGACAUCAAUGAGGAUGAUCCGUCCUUUAUAACAGAGGCAAUUCAAGAACGUCGUGCAAAAGAUUACAAUCCAAUAGUAGCUUUUCGCAGCAGUCAAAGCUUGUCCAAUCGGUUGGGAUUGAAGGAAAAGUCAAAAGAUGAUCAACAAGAGGGUAUGAUGGAGGACGAAUCUUCAAUCGAGUUACGUAUUAGGCAAUCAUUUCAACUGGAUCGAAAAGUAAGGAACGCAUCGCAAUAUUCACGGUACUACCUAAUUCAUGGAGAACCUGAGAGAACACGCAGACCUCGCCCACCACAUAGACAUAAAAGGAGAGAUUUUGAAGUGAAAGCAAAUGCUGAGAAAGAAGAAGAGGAGGAUUUGUUUGCAGACAAACUCAAACAGGGAAGAACCAGAUCGCGUGAGCCGGUGAUUGAUGACGACGAGGAUUUGUUUGCUGAUAAGUUGAAGAGGAGUAGAUCACGAUCCCCAACUCGAUCUGGUAGUAGUCGUUUCAGUCAAAGGUAA